AUGCUCAACCUGCAUGAGUACCAGAGCAAGGGUCUCAUGCAAGAGUACGACAUUGAAGUUCAAAAGUUCUUUGCCACUGAUAACGCCGAGAAUGCUCUGCAGCUGGCCAAGGAACUGAACGUGCCUGAGAUUGUGCUCAAGGCGCAGGUGCAUGCAGGCGGUCGUGGAAAGGGUACCUUUUCCUCCGGCUUGAAGAGCGGCGUUCACCUCAUCCCUGGAGAUCAACCGGAAAAGGUCAAGGACUUGGUCGAGCAGAUGAUUGGCUACAACCUUGUCACCAAGCAGACCCCACCGGACGGUGUGACCGUGAACAAGGUCAUGGUCGCCGAGGCUCUGGACAUCGCCCGUGAAACCUACUUUGCGAUUCUUAUGGACCGCGAGUCAGGCGGUCCCGUACUUGUUGGUUCGCCCGAGGGUGGCGUGGACAUUGAGGAGGUGGCCGAGCGCUCCCCCGAACUCAUCUUCAAGGAGCCUGUUGACAUCAAUGAGGGUGUUCAGGACGCUCAGCUCGAGCGCAUGGCCACUAACCUCGGGUUUACUGGUGCCAAGCACGAGAAGGCUAAGAAGGAAAUGAAGCAGCUCUACGAGCUUUUCAUGGGCGUUGAUGCCUCGCAGGUCGAGAUCAACCCUUUUGCCGAGACCCCAGAUGGCCGAGUGCUUUGCUUUGACGCCAAGAUCAACUUUGACGAUAACGCUGCCUUCCGCCAGCAGAAGAUUUUUGCCAUGCGCGAUACGGCCGAGGAGGAUCCUCGCGAAGUUGAGGCUUCCAAGUUCAACCUGAACUACAUUGGUAUGGAUGGCAACAUUGCCUGCCUUGUGAACGGUGCAGGACUUGCCAUGGCAACGAUGGACAUUAUUAAGCACCAUGGCGGUGAACCCGCCAACUUUCUCGACUGCGGUGGUGGCGUCACUGAGCAGAUGGUUGCCAAUGCCUUCCGCAUUCUGACGUCCGACCAGCAAGUUGAGGCCAUUUUGGUCAACAUUUUCGGUGGUAUCGUCAACUGUGCCACGAUUGCGAGCGGUAUUGUUUUUGCCUGCCGCGAGGUCGAGCUUCAGCUGCCUCUCGUUGUGCGCCUGGAAGGUACCAAUGUCGAGGGUGGCAAGCAAAUUCUGGCCGACUCGAAGCUUCCCAUCAUCUUCGCUGCCGACUUGGAUGAGGCUGCUCAGAAAGCCGUUGCCGCUGUCCGCAAGUAA